CCUAAAGUUGCGUUCAGAGGUGGCAGUCGCUGCUGGAGUGGCACAGAAGCUGGCGGGAGGCUGACUGAUGCAUUCAGCAGUGUAAUGACAGGCUCUGGCUCACUGUAUGGUUGCUACAAAUCACAGAAUGAAGAAAAUGUAGAGCUGCCUCAGACCUACAGUUCUUCCCUUUUGACAUCAGAGUACUCUGCCCCUGUGGACUCUUCCCUUUUGUACACACCGUGGUCUACCUGUGCCGAUGAUCCGAAGCAGCCUGCUGCUGCUCAGAUUAGUACGAAUCCCAGGAUUCAGCCUGAAAGGAAUGAUUAUGGCAGUGAAACAGAUUUAUAUGGACUUGUGUCUAACAUCUUGGAAGAACAAGACAAAUCGCAGCCAUAUUGUGCUGAGGGGAAUUGCCCUUCCAACUUGAAGUCAGUGUGGCCCAUGAAUGCAACCAGAAUCUCAGAGCAUCAUGACCUGUUGCCAGAAACUAAAAGGCCAGUUGUUGGAGCUGUCUCACAACAGGGUUUUUACAGCAGCGAAUCCGUAUCUGCUGCUGAGAAGCAGUACUUGCAGAAUGGUAACCUUGCAUCGCAGCAAAAAGUAGAGGAAUGUUAUGGGUUUGCUGGCAUAAACCUUGAAGAGCAAUGCUCAUACCCUUCUAGGAGUGAUCAUGCCAACUGUUGCAGCGUGCAGACUAAUGAGAACACUAGAACAACACCCGGGUAUCAGAGCUAUCCAUACGUCAGAAACACUUUUACACCCCAAGCUGGAUAUUCAGAAGCAGUCAAAGACUCAGGAGCUGAUGCUUAUUCUUACGGAAGGGAGAAGGUGUCUCUCAAAGGAGCAGAUGUGCAGUUGCACCAAAAGCGGGCAGAAACAUUUCUUCCACAGUUUCACAGAUAUAACGAAAAUGCAGAUUAUGGUAGAUACACAGAGUAUCCUCAUGCUAGUAAAGCAAAGCCUAACAGGAGCAACUGUAGCCUCCAGGAGAAUAAAAAGCCAGUAAAUGGAACCACUGAGACACCACCUCUGGACGCAGAACCUUAUACUAAAUUAUUUCAAGUUAAAUCAGGAACUCAGAAAAAAAUAGAAGAUAUAAUUUCAGAUCAGCAAAACUUUACAUUUCCCAAGGCUAUAGGACUUCGAUCAGAAAAACAAUUUGCAAAUGAAGCUUCAUUCUGUGCCGAUUUUGGGCAAAAAUUUGAAUAUGCACUAAAACCUUUUGCAGCUGGUGCAGGGAAUAGUGACUGUGCAAAUGGGGUGGGAAAGCAGCAGUUUUCCAAGUCCGAUCUUCAGAAUUCUGAAUACUGCAAAUCACUUCCACUGUUACCAGCCUUGGCAAACCCCGUGGCCGGUGCUAAUGUCAGGCCAGCCUGGAUGAACGUUCAACCUAAAACUGCUGCUUCUGUCCCAUUUCAGAAUCCAAGUCCUUUGUUGAAGCUGAAUAAUCAUUUACCUGCUUUUCCAAAAUGCUCCAGUCAUUCUAAUGAUAUUUUUCAGUUGUCACCUUCAAAUUUCCCUUUAAGUAGCAAUUUAUUUCACAAGUACUGUCAAGAUAAUCCUUCAUUUUCUUCAAGUUUUGAUUUUGGUUCUAAGACUGCGGAACGAGCUCGGGCUGCUCCUUGCAUAGAAUCACUGGUUAGGGGUGGAGAAGAGAGUCUCAUUGAGUAUUUGAGCGAAAAGAGAUUAAAGCAGCCAAACGGACUCUGUGACAAUUAUUCAGCUCAGCGGUUUGGGAUCUUUGAAAAUAUAAACAAACACCGUUUCCAGUUGAAGCUGCCGAGUGACCAUUAUGAUCUGGAAGGACAGAAACACACAGAUGGGUUGCUGCAGAACAUGUACCAAGAUUUAAUGGAGUCUCAGUUCAGUCUCAGGCAGGGCAGCAGUGACAGUGCCGCAGUCAAUCCUCUGACUUGCCUGCAGGCUCCAAGCUUCUCCAGCAACUGCAUGAUGGGUGACUUCAGACGUAGCCAGCAGCUUGGUUCGAGUGCGUUCCCCUUGAGAUCAGCUCGCCUGUUCGGCCGUUCCGUUGUCCCUCUGAUGGAGGCUCACGACUUGUUCUCCCAAGAUGAUUUAAAACGCUUCUACCCAUAUAUUAAUGAUAAGAUGCAUGGUGAUGGUUCUUUUCCUGGUUUUGUACCAGCAUUUGGAAUUCAAAGGCAAGUUAAAACCCACAGUGGGCCUGCCAGCGAACUUCAUGUUCGACUCGAAGAGUGUUACGAACAGUGGAGAGCUUUGGAGAAAGAAAGAAAGAAGACUGAAUCAGCUCUUGCUAAGAAUUUCCAAGGGAAAAAGGUUUCCAGUGCUAACAACACUCCGAUUCCAAGGCUGACAUCAAACCCAUCAAGAGUUGAUCGCUUAAUUGUGGAUCAGCUACGUGAACAAGCCAGAGUUGUGACUUUACUGGGAAAAAUGGAGCGCCUCCGCAGUUCUCCCCUGCACACCAACAUCUCUGCUGCUCUUGAUAAACACCGGGAGCUAAUUCACGUUGUGCAGUCACGUAGGAAAGAGGAAAUCGUAAACGCUUCAAAUCAACAGAGGCAGCGAGCUCCCAGAUGCCAAAAUGACAGAGAUGUGUUUGCUCUUGCUUUGGCAAUUAAAGACAUGAGCGCAGCAACACGCAAAGCACGUACAACUCUCUGGUGCGCACUCCAGAUGACCUUACCCAGGUCUGCAGCUGGAAGAGUCGAUGCAGAGAGGGAGAAAGCUCUUGGGGAGACGGCGCAAGGUGACGAGAAACGGGAAAGCGUCCCCAGUCAGAGGGCGGACGUGAGCAAGCACUGA